AUGAGUUGUGAAAAAAGAAAAAGUUUGAAUGCUAAGUGGAUUUAUAGUGACUCCAGUAGAAAUCGUCUGAAUGAGAUCACUUCUAGUGAGAAUUCGGUGAAUUUUAUGGCUUUCACAGCUUCUCUACCUUCCCAUUCUCAAACCCAAGAGACUCCCCAAGAACCAAGUACUGACCCGUUUGUAGAUGACUCGAUGUUAGGCUACAGAGAACCUGCUUCUUGCUAUUUUCUCAUCACUUGUGGGGUGUAUUUCAUUUCCAUUUUCAGGAUUCUUUCUGAUAUGCGGACACUUUCCGCAGACUGGAUGGCUAAUACUAGUAAACCUGAAUCUGAAUUACAAUCUUCACAGCAUGGAGGUGAAGAAAGCAAAGGGAACUUAUUUUAUCCCAGGCCAGUAGCACCAACAGCCGCACAGGUCCAUUGCUUGCAGUUCCUGAUAUAUGAGGUGGUAUCAGGUGGUAAUAUGAGGAAGCCAGGGGGACUAUUUGGAAAUUGUGGCUCUGAGAUUCCUGUUAAUGAUUUAAAGCAAUUGGAGACCUUCUUCUACAAGCUUAGCUUUUUCCUGCACAUACUAGACUACACAGGGAUUGUAUGCUGGAGGGGAAUUCUCGCAAUUGGUGACAUCCACCCUGGUGAUGGGGAUGUAGCACGGGAACACCCCGAUCCUGUGACUCUGCUUUGA